AUGUUUCCACUAGAAGAAGUUAAGGAUUAUUUAUCGAAUGUUCUUGGAUUAUCCAAUGUGGAUCAAUUUCUGACCAAUCCAGAUAAACUUGAAAUAGUUACAACCAUAUUACGAGCUCAUGUUCAAAUUCAACCAUUUCAAAACGUGUCGACGUUUUUAAGUAUAGAUUAUGUAAACCGCCAUCGUCCAACGUGGGGGGUUAUAAAAUCAGCCAUGUUCAGAAAGGAAGGUGGGGUUUGUUACCAUCAUCAUUACCUUUUCUAUGAGAUGCUAAAUACUUUGAAGUUCAAUGUGGGCGUGGUGAAGGCAAGGUAUUUUGGAGUAUACACCCACCUCGUUAUCCUUCUGAGGGAUCUGGUUAAAAAAGGAGAUGUUUAUCUUCUGGAGGCGGGGUCUGGAUACCCUACAUUUCAACCAAUAUGUCUUGAUUUUGAGAAAGAAUCACCUAUUUUCUGUGAGUCGUUUGUGGAAUAUAAAUACAUCAAACAUGAAGGACUUAUUAUCAGGGUUCAUAAAGGAGAUGAUAAAGGAGAAAAGACAAUCUGCGAAUCAAAACGGAUGAUAGAUGGUUGGAGGGAGUUGUAUGGAUUUUCCGUGGAAGAUGAUGAAGUUUCUACUAUUCGUGCACUAGACGAUAUGUAUGAAAUUGUGAUGACAGAUAAAAUCAUCACUCCGUUUCAUGACAGCUUAAGGUGGAUCUGUUUUCCAAACUUCCGAGCCAGAAUAUUUGUAGAUAAAACAGUUAUGGAAGAAAAUUCCGAACAUAAGCUGGUGAAAAAGGAACUGAAGAAUACAGAAGAAAUUGUUGAAGCCAUGCAUGAAUUAUCACCAGUUUUGGAUGAUUAUAUUAUACCAGCUUUAAACAAUCUCAAAUUAUUUGAAUGA